CCGCGCCGAUCGCUCCCGGACCGAUUUUUGCGGCAGCUGACGCCGGAUUCCCUCGCCGCGGUCCAAUCGGAGCGCGUCUCAGCAAUUCGAAAGAUGGCGGCCAAGCUCGACGCGCUCGUCAUAUCGCAGUCCCAUCAAGUGCUCAUCAAAUGCUCAUCGAAUUGGUGCGUAACCGCCCCGUCCUUUUCGACACAAAUACCGCGCGAAGCACAAGGUCUAAGCGACCUGACAAGGUGGCCUGACCAAGUUACGCGCGCUCUUGCACAGCAGGACGAACCCACCAACGCCGGUGGCAUCGUCUCGUCGGCGAAUGCUUCUGCGCGUCACGCUUCGCCAGAAAGGUGCUCGCCAAACAGGGCUAGCAGUACUGCCUCUUCUUGCUCAGGGUUCAUCAUUGCCUUUCCAAGCAAUGGGGGAGACGCGCAAAAUGAACACACGAACUGGACGUGGGCGGAGACAACUGCGCAAUUUCGAGCGGCGCGAACAUCCGGGAUAUCCCGCGCUUGCUUCUAGGUUAACAUUUUAUGGGGCAGAUGGCGCUGUAUGUGGUUCCGGCGGCGCGGUGCGCAAGCGGUGUGAACGACGCGAUUUUCGGCUGCAGGAGAAUUCCAUUCGCUGUAGACGCCGGAUUCCUCAGUGUGAACGUGCCAUUAGCUCUGUUUGUCCCUAGCCGAGCUUGCAGCACAGAAUCGACCGGAUGCGUGGGCGGCAAGACGAAAAAGCCGCGUCCGAGAUCCGUAAUGUCGGAUAGCUGCUCUGUGACCGAUGAAGAACAGCGUGCCCGUGAGGAUCACCUUUGCAAACAGAAGCAGGAGUGGGCACAAAAGCAUCGGCGACCAAUUGCAGUAUAUCACAGUGACCACAAAGCAAUGGUUACCAUGGUGACAAAACACAAGACUGAUUUAUGCAGCAGGCGCUCCUUGGCUGCAUCUGCAAUGCUAGCUCAAGGCGAGAAUGCUUUGGGCACGUUGCCAUCUGCGUCCACAGUCAUCCUGGCACAACUGCCAUGGUGGAAAAGGAAAGUAUCAGCAACGUUCUCACACCUACUCUGUCCUUGUUGGGACACAAACUGACUGCUGUUACUGAACAGCGCUCCGUGGCAUUCAAGUGAAGAAUGAUCUUGAUCGUCACUUAUACGAAUAAUCAUUUGGUUGUAUGGCUGGGAUUCCUAGGUCAUGUGAAUUGCAGUGGAGCUACUUAGUGUAGUGACUGACUUGGGGCGGCUCAAUAGUCUUUUUUUUUUUUGAUGCCACUCUAAUGUCCGCCAAAUAAAAGAAAAUGUUUCUUUCUA